CACACUGCACACACCCGAAAAACUCUCUUAUAGCAAUUUUUUCAUUCUCAUCAGAUUUAUUAUGUGAUAUGUACAAAGCAAAUAUCCAAACAAUCACACUUGCGUAGAUGUAUAUAUACAUAACAAAAGGAAGGGAACACAAAGGAACAGCCCAUCUAGAGAUCAUGCAGGUCGAAUGCCUCCAGAGAGAGCAGACGCAGCACAGCAGGCUGUGAAGGAAGCCCCGCCACACACUCCACGCAUGCGAACGAACCACUCCAGGAGCUGGAGGAUUAGCAGGAUCAGCACCUCUGACAGGUAGCAGUAAUGGCGGAGAGCAGUGGUAGCCUCGCAGUAGGAGGAGGAGCAGGAGCAGGAGCAGCUCCCGAUGCCCCCUACAUCCGCACCAUCGAAUGGGACAUGAUGAACAAGACCAAGUUCUUUCCGCUCUCCAUGCUCAGCUCGUUCUCGGUGCGCUGCUGCCUGUUCCCGCUGACGGUGAUCAAGACGCAGCUGCAGGUGCAGCACAAGAGCGAUGUGUACAAGGGCAUGGUGGACUGUGCCAUGAAGAUCUACAAGUCCGAGGGUGUGCCGGGACUGUAUCGCGGCUUCUGGAUAUCCUCGGUGCAGAUAGUGUCCGGUGUGUUCUACAUCAGCACCUACGAGGGAGUGCGCCACGUGCUCAACGAUCUGGGCGCCGGACAUCGGAUGAAGGCUCUGGCCGGUGGCGGCUGUGCCUCGCUGGUGGGCCAGACCAUCAUAGUUCCUUUCGACGUGAUAUCCCAGCAUGCCAUGGUGCUGGGCAUGGCUGCCCACGCGGGCUCCAAGGGCGACAUCAAUCCGCUGGGCAUCAAGUCGUGGCCCGGCCGCAGUCGCCUGCACAUCUCCAUGGAUAUCGGCAGGGAGAUCAUGCGACGCGAUGGCUUCCGGGGCUUCUAUCGCGGCUACACAGCCAGCCUAAUGGCCUACGUACCCAACUCGGCCAUGUGGUGGGCCUUCUAUCACCUCUAUCAGGACGAACUGUUCCGCAUCUGCCCCGUCUGGGUCUCCCAUCUGUUUAUCCAGUGCGUGGCCGGCAGUCUGGGUGGCUUCACAACGACAAUACUAACCAAUCCAUUAGAUAUAGUGCGAGCACGUCUGCAGGUCCAUCGUCUGGACUCGAUGAGCGUCGCCUUCCGGGAACUCUGGCAGGAGGAGAAGCUGAACUGCUUCUUCAAGGGCCUGUCCGCCCGCCUGGUGCAGUCGGCGGCCUUCUCAUUCAGCAUUAUCCUAGGUUACGAGACCAUCAAGCGCAUUGCGGUGGACGAGCAGUACAAGCACCAGAUCCGCUGGUGAGGCAGAGCGCACAAUCAUCCCUAGCCAAACUGAAACCAACUCAAAACUGCAUUUACGCGACGUACUGAGAACCACCAGAAGCGGAGGAGAUUCGCCCACGAUUGUAAAUAUCAAAUAACGGAUGCGAGAGGAAGGAGCACAGGUUAAUUAGUUGAAUUACUACCAGCGAUAGCGAAUUAUGGAGUCACAGAGGAUGUACUUUUAGUAGAGCGUUUCAAUAUGCUUGCGCCUAGGAUGUUCGAGUAACCUAAUUCAAUAUGCAAAUACCCCAAAGUGUUGUAGCUUAAAGUGUACAUUAUUUUUGUUAUACUUAGUCGUUUUAUACCUAAACACGCAUAGAGGCCGUUCGGUGACAAGCAUAAUUUAUUAUACACAUAACUAUACUUGUACUUGUACUUGAACGUAAUUGAUGAUGAUGAUGAUGUUGAUAAUACUGUUGAUUACAUUGGUAGCCCAAUUACUUUUACACUACUUAGCACAGCAAUGUUUGCGCCAAACAAAAAAAUACCACAAACUGGACAUGCCGAAUUAGAAAUUAAUAUCGAAACAGGGUCGAAAGGCACUUACUUAGUUAAGCAUUCGUAUGUGUGUGUUCUCUGAGUGGAUAACCUAGUUUUAGUCUGCAUUGUAAUAAAGUACAAACCAAGAAUUGUUACAUUUUUGGCAAUGUGAAAUAUGAAA